AUGAUUCAUGUGGAACAAAGACAAAACUCCAGCAGAAAAGAUACGUCUGAUUUCGUCUAUCAUCUUCUUUCAGCUGUUGAAGUAGGAAAAAGGAGGCAGUCUUUGAAUUUCAACCAAUCAGGAGCUAAUGAUGACAGUGAUCAACUAUCAGUUUCAGAAGCAGGAGAUAUUGGAGAUAGAGCACUUCAUAGUAAAAGACAUAGUGGAAAUGAAAGUGGAAGACCUGUGUUCCCUUUUGAAGAAAAUCUUGUACUUCCUAUUCAACAACAUUCUUUUAAAGAAUCACAUUCACACCUCCCAACUCCAUCUCCCUCUUCACCAGAUGCAAUAUUACAUGACAAAGGCCAGAAUCAAGAUUGUAAAAAAGAGCUUCCAUGGUUCAUGACAUAUAUUUCAUCUCGUGUUCAUCUAGCUGUACUUGGCAUUCUUGGGGUAUUGACAAGGUACCUACUAGAAAAACUAUUUGGUCCUCAAGUGGUAGGUGCUACAAGUGACAAUAGCUAUAUGUAUGUAGACCUUCCUCCCAAUAUGAUUGGUUCUUUCUUGAUGGGUUGGUUUGGUGUUGUUUUCAAAGGAGAUAUCUCCAAAUUCUCCCCUGAGCUGGCAGUUGGGUUGACCACAGGUUACUUAGGGAGUCUGACCACAUUCAGUGGUUGGAAUCAGAAAAUGCUUGAGCUUAGUGUCAAUGGUCAAUGGGUUUUCUCUUUUCUUGGAUUUCUUUUAGGCUUGUUUCUUGUUGCAUAUUCAUUCAUAUUCGGGGUGGAAACAGCAAAGGGUGUGAAAUGGGUCUUUAACAAAACAAAUCUAAAUUCCAAAUGUGGGUUUGAAUUAAAGAACAACAUUAUAAGUGAAAGUAUACUGAUAGUUUUAAUGAUUACAUUACUUGGGUUGUUAUGGGGGGUGAGUAUAGCAUUAUUGAAAAGGGAUUUUGAGAGUGACAAAAGUACAAGUCAUUUAUGGUUAGGGUGUAUAGUUGGACCAAUCGGUGUAUGGAUCAGAUUCUAUUUAGCAAAAUUCAAUGGAAAAGGAUUAGGAAGAAAAAACAUCAUGAAAUGGAUGCCUUUUGGGACAUUGAUUGCAAAUGUAUCAGCCUCCUGCAUCAUGGCAACCUUUGCAACAUUGAAGAAAUCUGUGAAGGAUGAACAUUUUGGUAUUGUGGCAACAGGGAUACAGUUUGGGUUAUGUGGUUGUUUGAGUACAGUUUCAACUUUCAUUGCUGAAUUUGGAGCAAUGAGAGAGAGUGUGGAUCCUUGGAAAGCGUUGGUCAUAGUCACAGAUUCAACACAUAACCAAAUUAUACGACCUAACCAUAGUUGGAAGUUGAAGCUUACAUGUGUGGUAAGAAGUCAAGUAAUAUAUGACUUAGGCUUACAGCAUAGAAGAUCGCUCAUUUUCUCCUCCGCCUGCUCCACCCGCGAGUUCCUCCAUCAAUGGUGCAUUUGGUUGGUUUUUAAUUUUUGCAACUCAAGAAAACACAUCUCCAUCAUCAAACCCCUUGAACGAACUCCACCUUCGGCCACUCCAGUGCCUUCCUCCGCCACUCCAGUGCUUUCCUCCGCCAGCGCCGCCGGUAAGCUUUUCUUUUCCAGCUUUGAAAUCGAUUUCCUUGGAACCAUCUUUGAAUGGACGUUUUCCAUGGAACCAUCUGUGAAUGAAGCUUUUCUUCUUCAUCUCCGAAUCGAUUUCCAUGGAACCAUCUUGGAAGUCGAUUUCCAAACCGCCCCUGUAAUAUUUAUGCUGAUUUUUCCAUGGAGUCUUUAUACUGAUUUCCAAACAGCCCGUGAUGCUUUGAUUUCAAAAUCUUUAUCAUCUUUGUGGUUUUGUUAA